AUGGAUAUUGAUUCCAAAAUCCAAGAAAAAAAUAGUGUCUUCAACAUGUUGUGGAACCAAUUCAAGUGGUUUCCAAUAAAGUUGAUAAACAAAAUUAGCAACAUUGCUAAUAACACAAUAAAUAUUGGAAAAAAUGAUCCAAGAAAAAUUUGGCAUGCAACCAAAGUGGGAUUAUCUCUCACUUUGGUUAUAUUGUUUUAUUAUUCAUGGCCACUUUAUCAUAGCUUUGAACAAUCAGCCAUCAUGGCAGUCCUCACAGUAAUGGUUGCACUUGAGUAUACUGCUGGUGCAACUAUAUCAAAGUGCUUAAACAUAGCAUUUGCUACAGCAUUAGGUGUCUCAUUAGGGAUUGGAGCUAAAUAUUUAGCUGAGUUUUGUGGAAAAGUAGGGGAGCCUAUAAUUCUUGGGUUUUUGGUCUUCAUUCUAGGUGCUCUAGGUACAUUUACAAGAUUUUAUCCACAUAUGCAAAGGAGAUAUGACUAUGGAUGCAUGUUCUCUGUGGCAACAUUUAGUUUGGUCACAGUGUCUGGUGACAGUUACUUGGAGUUGGUUAAGCAUAGAAUAUCAACUAUUAUGGUUAGUGUUGCCACAGUCAUGGUUAUCUCAUUGGUCAUUCGACCAGUGUGGGCUGGAAAGGAUCUCCAUAAUCUUAUUAUUGCAAAUCUUGAAAAGCUAGCAAGCUUCUUAGAUGGGAUUAACGCAAACUUUGCAUGGUGGGAGCCAGCCAAUGAACCAUUUAGGCUUAAUAAUCCAGGGAAAGAGUACUUAAAGAUUGGUAACCUUGGUAGAGAUUGUGCUUGCCAUCUUCAUGCUCUUAGUGGUCACUUAAAAUCCAAAUCUAAGGCACCAACUGAGUUUCAUAAAAGAACAAAAGAAGCUUGCAAGAGAAUUAUUACGAAAUCUAGCAAUGCAUUAAAGUGUCUUGCUUUGUCCAUCAAAACUAUAACCCAACCCCCUUCCUCCACUGGUGAACCCGACCCGUACAACACAAAAUUCGCCAUCGAUGAGCUCAGAGCGGCGCUCUUAAUUACCACAAGAACCAUCUCAGAAGAAGACACAAUUGACAUCAUCACGGCUAUGUCGGUGGCGUCGAUACUCAUCGACGUCACUAGAUGCGUCGACGAAAUCUCCAAGGCGGUAGGAGAGCUUUCGAUCAAAACACGUUUCCAAAAGGAGGAUAAAAAGAAGGAUAAUUCUACGUCAAUCAAGGCGUUGGAGAAAUUACCAGUGCCUCGAUUACAGCUCCUACACCGUGAAAUUGUGAAUGUUGCGGUGAAGGAGGAGGAAAAUCCUAUAGGUGCAAUAAAAGGAGAACAUGUUGUUUGUGAGAUACAUUUAAUAGAAGACUAG